AUGUUUUUUCCGGUGAGACCUAACAGCGUAAAGAAUCGGAAGCCCAAGUCCUCCUCCUCCACUCCUUCCAAACAAUCCCAACCAUCAACAAAGCGAACGUCCCAAGGACGGACCUCCCGCACGUCAACCAAGGAAACCGAGCCCGAAGAAUCCACGGCUCGCUCCUCCACUUCCUCGACCUCCCACACGGCUCCCCCACGACGGUCCUCUAUGCCAGGCCUCGACGCCGCAAGCCGAGCCGGAACAGCCUCGUUCCUGGAAUCGAGGACCAGCCUUCCAUACCCCUCCUUCUCCAAAGCGCAUUCCAAAGAAGAUGUCCGCCACCGAGACAUCCCUACCCCAGACCCGACCGACCUGACCGCUCAGAAGGAAGAUGGACCCAGCCACAACCGCACCGAGAAUCACCAUGCCCCUCCCAGCCCACCAUUGACUGGUCUUGACCAGGAAUCAUCUCAAAAGGGUAGUACGGUCGGCAAGCAAGAUGAUAAAGAGACGGAAAAGCCCAAGGCCAAGAAAGCAAGCAUCAAGAUCCGGACCGAGGUGAACAGAUCGUCAUCCAGCCUUCGAUCGAAGAGAGAUGAUUCAUCCAAGUCCAGCAAGACGGCGCGGGCAGAUACUCCCAAGUCGAAAUCAUCCAGAUCCGACAAGGAAGCUUCGUCGCCUCGUGCCAGUCACAAGCCAUCGAAGACGAAACUUUCCGAUGAGAAGAAGUUGCCCAAACGGUCGAGCCGCUCGACCAUGUCGCCCUCGCAGUCAACAGUUCGCGAUGUCGGCGCAGAAUCGACCAAUGGAUCUGAUGCUACCUCAAUUGCUCCUAAUCAACAAUACUCCGCGCCACGAAAACCCAUGACCCCGCCGACAAAGCCCCCCUCUCGCAAUCAGACCCGGUCGGUGGCCUCACACCGCCAUACUCCCAGUGACGACUCGAUUGAUUAUGGCAGACCUGUGAUGCCAGCUCCCGGAUUUGGUGCGCCGCCGCCGCCUCCACCUCCACCACAGGUGCCUGUUACUAUUCCGAGGGUCGACUACCUUCUUCAACAUGGAGGCCUAGAUCACCGGGUUGCGCGAACACUGCUUCCUGUCCCAGCUACACCCGAUCCGUUCUCUCAAUCCUCCACCCAACCUCAGCUGGCAGCUGCCAAGGUGUUUGAUCCGUUCAGUCACCUGCUGGAUGAUUACCAAAAGGUCAUGAGCAAGAACGGAUCUCUGGCCGUUGCGACUGGAUAUCGAUCCGUUGCACGUCGAUUGCUGGAUCGCCUGGAGGCUGUUUUCGCACGUGACAUCUCCUCGGAGCCAUGUAAUUGCCUGAUGUGUGAUCGUAAUGAUACGGAGGAUCGUCCGGAGGGUGUCAGCUGGGGAGAAGUGCUGGAGUUAGUAUCUGGGCGUCGCGAGUUGCCUAUGUGGCCGCCAUUCAUGAUGGCUGCGACCACUGUGGACACGGGGUCUUCUGGCGAAGAGCAUAUUCCCAUGCAGAAGCUUGAUGUCGAUGUCCCCGAAGAAUACCGUGAACACUUUAUCCGUCAAUCUCGCAAGACCAAGGUCGCUGUGGACAAAUGGCUUUCUGAGCAGACCGAUUCGGCGAGCAGUGCGCCCGAAGAAGUCGACGAUGAGACCUUGACCUUUGCGAUGCUCACACACCUCGAAUCUCACCAGCGCUCCGUGUUUUGUGCUCUCCUUGGUAUCAACUCCUCAACUCCCGUCCCCCGUUCCGAUGAUGAGAAGCCUCGACACAGGCCUUUGCCACUCGUGUCUUCGUCGCAGGCCAUCCAGCGACUAUAUCGCCUUCCGUCUCUGCCUCGCGACCCGGAAACGGCCAUGUUUAUGCUGAACAAUCCUGGUCUGCACCAUGUCCUGGCAACUCUUGCUGCCAUCACUGACGAUGAGUGGGAAAUCCUGAUAUCUGGCCGAUUUGAUGGCUUCCUUCGCAGUGGUGUCGAAGAUGCCGUCCCGCCUACCCACUCUCGCUGGAGUGGCAGUCGUUCCAACACCCCGUUCAGCGCUGCAGGAGUCUCUCGCGGACCGACACCCAAUUACAUGGAUGGCAGCUUCCGGCCAGUAAGCCAGGCCAACGGAGGUCCAACUUCCCCUGCCUCCUUCGGAGGGCCGAUCGCGUUAGAUGAAGAAACGGAAAUCGCCGCCCUGGCUGAAAUCGAACGUGACAUUUUCCUGGGAAUGGAAGCUCUGGAAGAUGCCUUUGAGGCACUCCAUCUCAAAGCAGAGGCUGUCCGCAUCGCACUGCGCGAACGUGGUGCCGGUCUCUCCGUCGCCAACCAAAGCCGACGCGGUUCCUACGUCGAAGCGCGUCUGGGAACCCCAGCCUCGGGCAUAAACACCUGGGAGAGUGGCACAGAAGAUGACUUCCUCAUGGAUGACGACCGGUCCCUGGCCCCAGACGAUUCCGCCAGUAACAUCAGCUCGAACCGCCGUCGCCGACCUAAGCGCCGCACAGAGCGCCGAACCCCGGCUCCAGUCGAGGAAGAAGACGAGGACGAGGACGCGGUGCACGUUAGUCGGCGCGAUAGCCGAAACUCGCGACGGAGAUAG